CUUCCGGUAACUUUUCGAGGUCAAAAAACAAAUCGAAAAUGGCCAGCAUUGUUUUGAAGCAAAUAUUUUCUAGAACAGCAACAGCUUCUUGUUGUCAUGUUAGAGCCAUCGCACAGAAUUCAAGCAGAUCUUUAAGCACAUCCCAUACACUGCUUUCUAAUAAAGAGGCUGCUAAAGUGGAACCACAACAAGAAGAACAACAAACAUCCAAAAAUGGAGGAUUCUUUAAAAACUUACUCAGAGUACGAACAUUAAAUCCUACUAAAGAAUCACAUUCUAGUCUUCUUUCGUCCAAAGAAACAGUUUAUGAAAUACAGUUUCAUGCUGUGAAACCUGAGUUUAUGGAAGAUUACUUAAAUCAGUUCUCAAGGUUUCAAGGUCUGAUGCAUGAAAAGAAAACAGGUGCAAAUUUAGUGGCCAGUUUUACAGUGGAAAUAGGAGAUCAAGAUGAAGCUGUACACAUAUGGGAAUAUAAAGGUGGUUAUCCAGUUUUAAACAAUGCUACAGAAAUUUACAGAACAGAUCAGGACUUUAUAGAAUACAGAUUAGCCAGAAAUAAAAUGUUAAGAUCCAGAAAGAAUCAGAUCUUGUUAGCAUUUAGUUUUUGGCCAAAACUUGAACCAAGAAAGGGUAAAAACAUUUAUGAGAUGAGAAGUUAUACACUAAAGGCUGGCACAAUGAUAGAAUGGGCAAAUUGUUGGGCUAGAGGUAUACAGUCCAGAGGACAGGGAGAGGAACCUGUACUGGGUGUAUUUUCACAGAUAGGUGACCUAUAUAUGGUCCACCAUGUUUGGGGAUAUACAGAUUUACAGACCCGUAAAGAGACAAGAGAAGCAGCAUGGAGCAGACCUGGCUGGGAUGAAUGUGUAGCUUACACAGUGCCAUUGAUAAGACAUAUGCAGUCUAGAAUCCUGAUACCAACACCAUUCUCACCUCUCCAGUAGGAGAGUUACUCAGGGAGAACAUACAAUGUUCAAAGAUUGCAUUAUAGACUAAACAGUAUACACAAACACAGUAUCUUACAAGUUGUAGGAUAGCAUGUUUAUUUCUUGUUUAUAAAUUCAAAAGAGUUGAUAGAAAUACUUGUAUUGUAUAUCAGACAUUUCAAAUGAACAUUUAUUUUGUUUUCAUUUUGAAAGGAGUAUGAAUUUCUGAAGAAAACAAAAUAUAUAUUAAAAUGUUUUAGGUACAUGUAUUUGUAAAAAUGUAAUUUCAAGAUUAUGCAGUUAGACUAGAUAAUUAACUUACACAGUAGAUAUUUAAAACAUAAAUAAAGUCACUGCAUUUAAGAAGCAGAAUUCAAUAAAUUAAAACCUGUAAACACGUACCGGAAUUUUAGAAAUAGUGAUGCCUAACUUGUGGUAUUGAUUUGUAGAUAACUUAAGAAGAUUUUAAUGGAUUACUUGACCUUGUCCUAAUUUUCAUGGUUCAUAAAUGUUUUUGUAAUACCUGUAUAAACCCCUCAAUCACAAAGUUCCAAAUAUCAUUCAAUCACAAUCAGUAAAGCCGGGGAUACUUUUCAAUAUGUCAAUUUUUUUGCUGAUUUUAAUAUUUCUAGUUAGUUUCUUAUGAUUCAUUGUGACCAGUUAAGAGGUUUUUACUUUUUUUUACAACUACAAAAUUCUUUACCUUAUAUUUUAUCAGAAUAUAAAUGUGAAUUUGAGAUCUUUAUUGUGGGUCUCAUUGGGGUCUAAACGUGACGCGGGAUUGCCGAUUUUUCGUAUACGGGAAACGUGAAAUUCAAAUUAUUGUGUCGUGAAAACGGGAAAUGAGGUCUUGCAGGACCUGAGAAAUGACCAAAAAAAAUAGAAUUGCUUACGUACAUAGUGUAAGCGGGAUACGGGAAUCUGACAAAACAGUAAGCGGGAUCCGGGAUCGAAACCCCCCAAUGAGACCCUCUUUAUUAUAUGCAUAAACUAUCUAUCAUUUAGGGUAAUAAUGAAUUUGAAGUUUAAACUAUAUUUGGAUAACUUGUUUUUUUUUAAAAGACACUGAACUUAAAUGUGAAGGUUUUAUAGCACUUUGUUGUAUUAUUAACAUUUUUUUAUGUACAUGUCUCGUCAGUUCUGGUCAAAGUUUAUGUAUACCUAUAAUUAUUAAUAUAAGUACAUAUGAGAAAUGUUAUUGAAACUAAUUUUUGAAAUGAAUAAAGACGAGCUGAGCGAUUGUAUUUGUGAAUGGUUUGAUUGUUCACCUAACUGUUUUACUUAUGAAGACUAAAGCAGAGUUAUCUCCCUGUUGUUUCAUAUCUAUAUCUUAUGUUACUGGGUUGUAUUGGUGCAUGUACAUUGUGGUUUGUGUUAUGUUCAAUUUUCUCUUUUUAUUAUAUUAUAUGUUUUUUUCAUGGAAUGAAAUGAUGAGUUGUUAAAUAAUACUGUCGGUUUAAAAGUAUUGAUAUUUUACUGAAAAUAAAAUAAUUAAGUUAUGGAAAUGUAUAAAUAAAAUAAAUUUAAUAAAUAAAAAAAUAAGUUUACCAUAUUUAUUCUUUUAAAAAAAGGACAAUUAUGUAUAAUUGAAAAAACUUAUUACAGAGUUUUAUAGUACUUGUGAAAAAUAAUUGCAAUAUAUGUAGUAUUAUUUUUCAAAUAAAUGCAUUUUGUCCAUUUAAACUUUUCUUUAUUUGUAACACUUUUUUGGUGAAGUUUAUUUUAAUUGUAAAAUGAAUUGCAAACAAAUUGAAAUAAUCUUUUAGUAUUUGAUUAAUUACUAUUAAUUUAUUAAUAUAAAUCGUUUAAAAUUAUUAAGGACUAUGUUGUAGAGGAUUGUUAUAAAACUCAUUAUAUUUUUUGAGUAAAACUCGAACUGUACCUGCUUUUAAACUUACAAUAAAAAGACAAAAUGAAAUGUCUGUCAUAUUAUAAUAAAAAUGUAUUGUGAAGACUGAGAUCUUGAAACAUGAGAAAAUUUGAAAAUGUUAGAAAAUAAAAAAUACUGUCUAUAGCCACCAUAUAUUACACUAGAUCUCACAAAGUCUAUGACAGCAUUAUAUAAAGAUCUAUAAACACACCUGUAUCCACUUUCUUAGAUGUGUGUUAUAUAGAUGGAAUAUAUUUUAAAACAAUAAAUUGUUAUUUAAGUGAAA